CCUAGUUGGAAUUUUAUGUUAUUUUCCUUUGUGUUGAAAGGUAAAAUACGGAUGUAUAUGCACUGACCUUCUUUGUUUUUACACACUUGUUAUAUGUGAAGCAUUUGAGUUCUGUACCGAACAUUCUUCUCUCUCAAAUACAGUUUACUACAUGUACUGUGAAUAUAGUUGUUGUGGAUACAUACAUAACAGAUAUUGUUGCGAGAAUUUUUCAGGUGUAAUAGCUGGAGCGGUUAUAGGAUCUAUUGUUUUUCUUGGAAUAAUUAUUGGUGUUAUUUUGUGUGUUGUAAAGAAGAAAGGACAUCGUGGGACAGUGAUAACACCUGCUGCUGGUGGUACACACAUUACACAACAUUCAGUCGCAUUUGUAACGGCUACACAGAUCCAGCCACCAACCUACUCACAACUUCCACCUGCUUAUGGAGUUGCUCCUGGGUACCAGGCUACAUACUCGUACCCACCAACACCAAUGUUUGCUCCUUUGGGAACAUAUCCUCCGCCCCCAGCUUAUCCACAGGAUGUUGCAUAUCCACCGACAGCUCCACCUUAUGCAGCGCAGCCAUCAUCAAAAACUUAGCGAGUUCAUUGUUUCAUAGAUAAUGAAUCAGUAAUAACAAUCAUCUGAAUACUCAUUAGACACAAAUGCAUAAUUGUCUUAAACAAUUCAACGUUUUACAUCAGAACGUACUCAUAUCAUAUUCAUUUUCAAUACUUGAAUAGUUUGUCAAGUUUGGAUAUUCUCGAUUUUAGAUGUUGAAAUUUCCUUAAAGGGGCACUAGCUACGAGAUAUAAAAAAAUCUAAUAUAUGAUUGUUUUUGUUCAAUCAUUAAUGAAAGUGAAAUAGUGAAAUACUUAUUCACUUUUAGCAGCCAGUAUGGUUCAAUUUUGUCAAAAUAAGCUAAGAAACAUUGAUGAUGAAUUAUUCACUUGCAAGUAAAUAAUUCGAUCUCAUUGAAUCCGUAUUCAUGUGAACUUCAAUUUAACCCCUUAGCUAGAGAUGGAUAACACGUGAAUUGUAUGUGUAAAGUUAUUUAAAGGAAAAGAAUGUCAUUAUUGAAAGUGAAACAAAGGUAAAUCAUUUGAUCGACUGAUUCAAUCCACAAAAAAUCAUUCUUAUACAGGUAAAAACGAUGAUAAACAUAUAUUUUUAAUCUAUAAUAAGAAAUUCAACAGACCUAGAAAAAUCCAAUAGCACGAGUUCGCUUAAUCUAUUUAUAUCUAUAUUUAUGUUUACAUCGCUUAUAUGGUCAUCAGAUGACUUUGGAGGUCAACUCGAUAGUUAAUUAGAUGGUGUCUAGACUAAAUACACACGAAAAGAAUCUACGUAUUAUCAUGCCCAUGCCCUGUUAAUUGUUUAUUUUAGACUUUUAAUAGUUUGGAUAAAUGUUUUACAUUGUUAUAAAUCAAAUAAGAGAAUUUGAGUCAAAUCGGUGAACAUGAAUUUGACAGCUAGUGCCCCUUUAAACAGUUUCAAUUAUUUUUACAAAGCAUGUAUAAUACAUAUGAUUAUGAAUUUGGACACGAAAUUGAAAUCAAGAAAAAGAGUUUUUGUAAAUCUCAAAAUCAAAUAUAUUUGAUAAGUUUACACUGAACUACUGAUAUCUAUAUAUGUUUUUUGUAUAAAUAAUUGUUCCAACAAAAUAACAAUUUGAAAAUUCAGCUUUGAAUCAACAACUUUGUGAUAUAUUUAAACUGUUUGAAUUUAGUUUUCUAAAAUAAAGCUUAAAACUAUGUAUAUGAUUGCCUCAGUGAUACUUAAAAAGCAGAGAAAAAUGUAUCCAAGCCAAAAUGUAUGAUUAGGAUGGUCUUAGUGAAGACUCGUCGAAAUCAUACUAGACCAAAACAUCAAACGGCUACAUGUUUUUUAAGACACAUUCAUCAUUUAGUAAUAAAUACUUUAGCUGGU